AUGAGCAACGAUGACUUUUCCGACGACGACGACUUCUUUGAGAGUAUAAAGCGGCACCAGUUGACCCACUCCAGCCCUCAACCGACCGCCGCUAGUAAUACGGACUACGAUAUUUCCCAGGUUCCUGGUGAGAUCAGAAGCAAGUUGUUCAGAGCCGACGGUGAAAUCGCCAUUUUAAAAAGCCAAUUGGAGCUGGUCAAGUCACGUGGAUAUGAGGAAAUCAAGCACCUCAAAGAAGACAACGAGGAGACCAAAAGAAGCAUGGAGGAACAGAUCAAGAUGUUGAAGUUCUCGGUGCAAAAGCUAGAAGAUGAGAAGAAGUUUUUGGACAAUCAGGUAAAAAGCACGUUUUCCAAGAAGCGAAAGCUCGCCAACCCUUCAGAAGAGACAAUACCGGUGACACAGGCCCAAAGAGUGGCUCCAACGACAGUCCCUGUGGCAACUGGACAGAGAAUCAUCCGCACCCAAAACGACACAACGCUAUUGACAGACUAUAUCUGGAAAUUGAGCAUAAACGGCAGUGACAGAACGAUAAUGGAGUACUUGGGGAAGGUCACCUUGAAAGAUUCGCUCGAGAUCCAGGGGUACCGGUUUCAAGAAAAAAUUCCCAUCUCAAGUAUUAUCCUAGAAUACUUGAUCAGCCGCAAGAACCUCAGACUCGACAAGCUUCUCGAAGAAUUGUUCUCGAUCAUUAAUGAACUUAUAGUGCAUCUCAUUGACACCAGCUUGAUCACAUCGGUGCCAUUCAUGUUAUCGCUUCUCCACGGGAUUCUUGGGUUCAAGCCAUCUGCUGUCAAUGAAAACACCAUUGUGAUACUGGUGUCUCGAAUAUUCGAGAUAAUCAUGCUCUAUAAGUACACCUUGAGCAAUGAGGACCGAGAGUUAUUUAAUUACAACAAAACUCCGCAGAUGUUUUUGCUUGAAAAGUUUACCUUAAUUUGCAGCAUGGACAUGUUGGAAAAGUUGAUGUCCUUGUGUAACCUCCACCAGGAGGUGAAAUUGGGCCUGCGACUUUUUCACGAGGUGAGGAUCCUCGACUUGGUCAAUCAGCUCAUUCCCAAGAAUGAUGAGGCAUUGAUGAACGGAGCCCAAAUCAACAUCAUCUACAAUGUAGUACGAAUCCUCGACAAUUUCUACGACACGAACGACACGGAAGAAACAUCUUCGCAGACCGUCCACAGCUUGCUCAACAUCAACCUUGUAGGGGUCCCCAUCAAAGAAGAUUUCAGGUUUUACGGACUAAACCGGUGUAUUGGCAAUAAUACCGAUUUUCAGGAAAUCGAUAAAAUCAUUUUCAGUGAUAACGCUACUGUUGAUCCAAGCAGUUUGAUCAUCCUUCCGAAUCCCAUCUCCGAAAGAUCCAAGGAACUGCGCAACAGUAACUACAGUAUCGAAUAUAAUCAUGAAUUUCAUGUGUUGGACUUGAGGUUGCAAAUUAGCCAAAGCAUUGAGAACUACAUCAUCAACCGAAUGGACACCUCGAUUUUGAAGGAAAUCGAGGUGGUAAAGCUCAUGAUCCGAAGUAUCAACCUCCAGCAAAAUGGGAUCUUGCGGUCCCCCCGGUCCAAGUUUGUCGAUCUACGCAUCAAGAUCAUCUGCAGCUUUGUGAGAAACCUCAAUUAUGUGUUUAAGACCUCAAAACAGUUGAACGAGAUCAUCAACUCUGAAACCCUCAACGAGCUCUCGAUAGUACUUUCCCAAAUUGCCUUUACGUCGAGCUCCGAUCUUUCUGGCUCAAGUGCUAAGCUUUACAAGCUCCUUCGAACCCAAAACUACCGGCUUAAAAUCCUCAACGAAGAGUCGGAAGCCAAAGCUCGUGAGCUCAGCAACGUUAACUUCAGCAACAAGAACAAGGAGUACUUGGCAGAAGUAGAAAAUGAGCAUGCCAAUGGACUCGAAACCUUGUAUGAUCAUGAGACGGUGGAGCUCGCUCGAGAAAUUCUUGGCUUCUGUAUCGAUAACGAAGUGGCCGACAAUCUCUACAUCAACAUCAACGGGGCAGAGAUGGUCGACGACAACCGAUUUGACGAGAUGGAUAUAGUUAACGAAAUGUAA